GACGUUCUACUCAAAAUGGUCGACAAGUUGAACACGUAACCAGCCCUUCGUCGAAAACCUUUGCCUCGUACGUCUGUAAGCUCUUUAUGAGAAAUUUUGAGAAUCCACCGAGAUUAUAACUAGCCAUGGAUGACGGAGAAGACGUCGCCCUUGACUUUGGCAGCGAAGAUGAUGCUAUGAGACAUAAGAGAGUUCGGCAUCCAGUGGCAUGUUUUUUCCACCUGUUCUUCCGUGUGCUGGCCAUAGUCACCUACCUGUUCUGUGGGCUCUUCAGUAACAGUUUCGUCACCAGUUUUGUCAUGAUUGUCAUGAUGUUGUCGCUGGACUUUUGGACUGUCAAAAACAUAACAGGCAGAUUACUGGUAGGCCUCCGGUGGUGGAACCAUGUUGAUGAAGACGGCAAAAGUCACUGGAUAUUUGAAGCCAGGAAAAAACCAGGCACCCUGCCGCCCACAGCUGCAGAGUCUCGUGUGUUCUGGCUGGGGCUCAUCAUCUGCCCCAUCAUCUGGAGCCUCUUCUUCUUCGGAACUCUGUUUGCCCUCAAGCUCAACUGGCUGGCUGUGGUAGUGGUAGGACUCUCCCUGAGCGCUGCAAACCUGUACGGCUACAUCAGGUGUAAAGUAGGCGGCAAGAAGAAGCUGUCGUCAAUAGCAACCAACUUCCUGGGCCAGCAGAUUCUACAGAGGGCGACAGCUACGACACCUACUGAUGCUUAAUGGUACUAGAGCGGUGGAUGAGAUUAUACAUCGACAGUCAAAGUUGCUUGCAAUGGUUUAUAUUAUGAAAGAAAGUAGAGGAAGAGGUGGCUAUGUGGUUUGUACCAGAGAACUGUAGAUUGGGAUCAGGUACAUAAUGUAGUUUAAAAUAUUUGUGCAAAAUGAUUUUUUUAUCUGAUUUAUUCAAGCAGUUACUAAGUAUUGUAGAGUAGAACUUGUUGCAAGGGCUAGUAAGGAAUUUCUGGAAGGGAUUAUUGGUAAUACUAAAAACUAUAGUGAAAGGAGGUAAAAAAUGCCUUUGCUGAAUGUCCCUUUAACUUGCUAUUUAACCUGCCGGAAGUGUCUGGUGCUUUCAACCACUACAUGCUACAGAACCUGCUUAGUUUUGACAGGGGAAAAACUCUGCUUAACAUCAGUUUUGUUGAUAGAAUUUGCAUGUUUUUGUAUUGCUACUUUAAGUGAAUCCGUCGAAUUCCCUAUUUAUCAAAGGCUUUAAGCUAUAAGUUAGUAAGUUUAAGCUCUUCCAAAUGACAGAGGUUGUGUUGUACUUGCAAUAUUUGCUUUCAGUGUAUGGGAUGUAUAUAUUUAUGUUAUCAUGUUGUAAUCAUCUUUAGGUAAUGGUUGAUUUAUGAUUUGAGAUCCAAGAAGUCAUUCUGAUAGUGAUAGGCACUGAUGUACAUGAAUUCCUGGUAUGCCUUGCCUUCUGUACAGAGAGAUUAUGUAGAAUUCAGCCAAUGUGUAACAGAACUUCCCAGUUUGAACUUAUUGGGGAGAUAUAGUUUGUGUAUAGGGGUAAAUGAAAUAUAAUGCAAUAAGAAUCAUAGACUUCAGACUGACAAUAGUAUGGAAUAAAGUUAUGGUGUGAAGUAAA